AUGAAGGCUCCGACUUUGUUUCAAACAACGGGUCAGGCGAAUAACGAUCAAGGGUUCUUGAACGUGACGGAUUUGGGCAGCGGAAGUAUUUAUUUAGGGUCAGCUGCAAAAGGCGCGACACUCGGAUCGAAUUUGGUCAAGUCCAUUGCAUCACAACCUUUUAACAUUUCAAUCUUGCAAAUUAGCAAUGUUAUUAUUCCUUUAGGGAUUGAUUCAUCAACUUCUUCCGGCCCGUCUUCAUCACCUACGCGGGCCCCUGCACCCGGCCCGGAAAGUAAGAACUCGCCCGCACCAUCACCUACCCCAAUUAGUGGGGCCCCAACACCCUCAUUAGCUCCUUCGCCCAACAUACCGUCUGCAGCCCUCGCUUCCGGUUCCGGCUCGGCGCACCGAGCCGUAACCACCGACCGAGAGGCCACUCGCUCCGCCCCACAUGGGCCGGACGGUUCAUCACCUAAGGCUGAUGCACCAACUGCAGAGACUCCUGCUGGUGCAUCAGUUGAUGCACCAGCAACAGAGGAUCAUCAUGAUUCUCCUAGUGCAAGUGCUGUUUUAGGUGUUAGCUUAGUUUUUCUUGCAAUGUCGAAUCUCUUUCUUGUUUUAGUGAUUUGA